UCGUCUACGGCACGAGUUAUGGGAAAACGUUCAGUCUCAAACAGGCCGUUCACAUCUUUGCUCCUUGGACUAUCAAGACAAACUCCUGAUCAAGCAAUCUCGGACUUGGUGAACCAAUUAGCCUUUGAUCCGGACUAUAUCAAGGCCUAUGUACUCGUACUUUUCAACAACAACAAAAUGUUGCUAUCGGAUUCAUACGGCACCUUUGCUGACAUGGAAAUCGACCUACUCAAAGCCAUGCAUACAGGCGACGACAGCGGUGACUGCACGGAUGCCGUAUUCUCGAACGUUGCAGCUGCACUUCAACGAUAUCUUACCUACAACUCGCAGGUUUAUGUAAUAACAGAUGGUCUUCCAAACGAUAUUGACAAGAUGGAGACAGUCUUCCAUGUCGACUCCUACCUACGCGUACCGUUGAACUUCAUCUUCUUGGAACCAUCUCCCACGUCCGGCUGUACUACUUCCAUAGAGAGUUCCAGCUAUCGUGCAAUGGACUCGUUGGCAAAACGAACUGGAGGAAUGACGUUCUACUUUCGCCAUGAUAUUGGUUUUCAGUUCCUCUACCAGCAUAUGUACAAUAUUAUCUAUCGAUCCCAGCUUCUGCUAUCGAAUGAUCUGCCCUUAUGUUCGAGCCAGAACGUCUACAAUCAAGUCGCGAUCGAUAUCUCCGUUGAACAGCUUGUGAUUGUUGCAACAGGAAGGAACCUUUCAUUGGUAUUGUCAACACCUGAUGGAGACCUGGCUCCCUAUGACAGUGUUUUCAACGAUGGGACCAACUAUAUCUGGACAAAAAAUGGACCACAAGUCGGCAACUGGCUAGUCUCUAUGUGGACGUCCGAUCAAACACUGGGAUGCAAUUUCAAAGUUUUCCAGAAAUCCUACCACAAUCAAGCUUCGCUCAGUGAUCAGUACGACCUCUUUUGGGCUGUUGCACCACGGAUCGAUUCCGAUCAGACGCUGCUCCAACCUCAAUAUGGAAUGGGUCGAAGCAUCGUCAUGCAUCUGACAAACUAUCGUCUUGAUACAAUGCCAGAGCGAGUUCAAACGUACCUGUCGAUUCGAGCCAUUCGCGGCAAUAAGCCUGUUACGGUUUAUAAUUCGAAUGGAAUUUGGCGUGAUGGCUGUUCAUACCAAUUCUACUUCCCUUCAAUGACAUGUCAAAAUCCCAAUGAGAUUCUUUAUUUCAAUUUCUUCGUCUUGGAUUCGUUAGGCUUCAGUGUUCAACGUGCUGGCGUGAUGUACUGUUUUCCAGAGCAGCCAACUCCUCAGCCACCUCCUCAUCAAUGCCAGAAUGGCGGCAUCAUCAAUUCGGCCAAUACUACUUGCUUCUGCCCACCAGGAUUUACUGGAACUUACUGUCAACAGAUUAUGUGCUAUAACGGUGGAACUCCCGCAGGUGAAAGGUGCCAAUGCCCUGUUGGUUGGACUGGUACCUUCUGUGAACUUGCCAAAUGCACAAGUAAAGGCGCAAGCCCGGAAUAUCUACGACUGAAUGUUGACAUGGUAUUUGUUCUCGAACUCACUCAACAAGCUCAUGCUCAGGUGUUCUACUUGAAUUCGGUGUUCGCCGAUCUCAUUAGGAGCGUUCAAUCUCAGAACAGUCAAUGGAUUACUCGAUAUAUCGUCGUCGGAUUCAACAGCACCUGUGAGUCCUCCACAAUGGGUUUGUGGUGGGAGCCUCAAUUCAAUUCCAAUGUACCUAACUAUCAAGUUCAGGCCGUACGUCUUAUCCCACUACAGUUUUCUUCCGGAAUCGUUUUCUCGCAAUAUCAGCCAGAUUGUGUGGGUGAGUGGGGUCUAACACUAAUGUUCUUCCCUAUUGAUGCUUAUGCGCAGACUAUUCAGUUGAAUGUUGUCGGAUUCAACAAAACCGUUUCGGUCUACGAUGGCUCUGGUAAGUUCACAAUUGAUUACUGCGAUCAAGGUUGGGAUGAAGUUGGACAGAACUGUCUACGCUUUGUGCUAUCUCAGUCGUCGUAUUCUGAUGCUCGACAAUUCUGCCAUGAUGCAGGUGGUAGCCUUGUCGAUGAUCUUAGCGAAGUGAAACACUUAUUCUUACAAAGUAAGGAAUUUGACGCUCAGCAUCAGAAAGAGUACUAUCGGUUUGCCCUUGUUUAUUUAUUUGUUCUCACUGAUUGUUGUGCUGUCAUUGUUUACUUGUUUACACCCUUCAAAAUCUAUUUCUAUAGGACCCCUGAUGCGUGUUCCAUCAAAAGAUCAUUCAUCUGUCAAAAACAUCGCUACGAUCCUGAUCAUCGUCCGAAUGUCAUCGGAGAACUCGAUCUUCCCGCUGGGAAGUGGUAUGUCACAGUGAGGGUGGAUUCGAGUACACAGCGGUCCUGCUUCGUACAGGCUCGAGUACAAAGCGAUCUACAAAUUGUUCCCGGCUUUGUAACAACGGCUACCGGCGACCAGCCCGAUAACGAUCCUGUUCAGGACUCGCCCAACAAUCGCCUUAUCACCUAUAUCCAUAGUUUGGACAACGCCAAUCGCAGUCCCAUUCUCACCCAUGCUCUACUGAAUGAUGCAGCUAACGGAACGUUCUACAACGCCAUGACAUACAGUCAAAGGGCCCAGUGCUCGUAUCCAUGGCUCACACAAUCGUUCAGUUGCCCGAAUUCGAAUUCAGCCGACAAUGAGUUUACGAUUACGCACAUGGGUGAGGACGAGUACGGUAAUCUCUUCCAAAGAGUGACGUAUGGUCAUUGUUCCACCGCAACCAUAAACUGCAAUGGUGGAGUGCGAUGGCAAGGUCUUUGCAUUUGUACUGAGUACUGGACAGGUAAGCAAUGCAACAUCCCGAUUUGCGUGAACGGUGGAGUCUUGAGCCAGGACUACAGAAGGUGUGAAUGUCCUGAUGGCUAUGCCGGUGAACACUGUGAAUUCGAGGUAUGUAUGGCCAGGACACCGAUUACGUUCUCGCCUAAUGGGAAAACGUUCGUUCUCAUAGUGGAAACCACCUUCCGUAACCAACUAAUCAAUGGGUAUGGAUUUCAGUUGGUCGCCAAUCUAACGUCCAUUGUCUAUGGAGCUCUUCAAAAUGGUCCGUGGUACAGCAACUACGCCCUCGUCACAUAUGACUCAUCCGGAGUCACAUCACAGUACUUCCAAUACACGAAUAUUGGUUCGUUGGUGAUGGGAUUGAAUUCAGCUGCAGGAAGGAUGUCCGAUCCGGGUUCAUGCAGUAUGCCUCUCUAUGGGCUGUCCUUGAAGGCUAUUCUUGACCAUAUCGACAUUCAGUUCUACGUUCUAUCGCCGAACAGUGAAGUCUUUGCGGUCACUUCAGCCGGUGUCAGUGAUCGGCAAGUACGGGAGGGAGACGUGGAGCUGUUCACCUACAUAUACAAUUCGGCUUCGGAUUGUGGAACGAUUCCCUAUGACGACUCUAUCACCCAAACAACUAGACUUGCAUAUUCUUCUAGUGGUAAUGUAUUGUUCGUUACCAUGUUCUCCGUCUAUCUACCGACUCUCUACGGAUCCUACGUUCUGACAAAUCCAACUGGUCAUCAAGGUUUCAAAUGUUCUACGCCCAGUGACUGGUACGUUGAAGUAGACUUUGCCACGACGGCAAUUUACGUGACCACAUCGGCUGCCUAUGGUUCUUUGGGAGUGAUCAAUCCUAUGAGGGGUGAGUUUUCAAAGAAUAAUCUGAGAUCAUUUCAGCUGACUUCUCCUGGUGAUUGUUUCGUUCACGUAUUUGCUGUGGGUGGAGCAAAAGUCUACUACGAGUUUGCUGAGACCACAGACAUUGAUCCAUCUGCCUCACAUAUCGACGGCUAUAAUGGAUCACCAGAAGUUGGAGUAUCCAACGUCGUGACACUGCACGUCGAUGCUGCAGUGGGUACCGUUCUCAAACAAAUCGAACUUUUCGACCCAGACAGUCUCCAGGUUUGCGAUGAAUCUUCCAAAUACCGUAUUCCUACAGUAUUCGUUUCCAACUUAUACAUUUGCCAGGUAGUGCUUCGAUCACCGCUCUAUCGACGAAUGAACUGCUCAUUUGAAUACUAUUCUGAUCCAUUCACUUGUACAAGUGAAGCGAUAGCAAUGUUCGUAUAUGGAGAAGAUGAUCGACGUCAGCCAUUCCGUCGACAAGAACUUACCUACUGUAGGGCAAAUAUUAGUUCAGGUAUGUCCUACAGGUUUUUUCUGGGGGAGGGGGUUACAACUGCAACGCCACCGACUGUCACGUCACCAUCGUUCACAAGUUCAACAUCAAGCCAACCACCACAAUCAACCCAACCACCACAGCAAACAACCAGUUCACCAGCGACAACAAUCUCACCAACGACGACACCGGCUCCUGUACCGAUCACUUUCGACGUCGUCGUCCUUAUAGAUGUCAGCCAGAGUGCGACAACGAGUUAUGAUGACGUAUGUUUUACCAUAUUCGGUAAUGCUGCUUUCGGUCCAAUGGUAAUCGCGAAUCUGAAUGCCGUCGAUUCCAUGACCGUACUGCAGAGCUAUCUUGCUCAGACAAAGCAGUACAACGAUUUCGAUGAUCAGGGACAAGCUUUGGCACAAAGCCUUUACACAGCAAUUAAUCCCAACUUCAAAAAUGCCGGCUAUCGAACCGAUAUCAGCAAUCAUCUCAUACUCUACAUCACAGCUACUUCUGGGUUCACUGAUCAACCUCAAAUGGUGGCUCAACAAAUACUUCAAAGCGGUGAUUACGGUAUCGUGACUGUCGGCUACGGUCCAUUAGUUACGGAUCUGCCUGGAAUGCAGGUUUGUUGA